AUUGAGGGCAGGUUACAUAACGUUGCCUCCUCUCACCUUCGUCACGCACUUGAGUAAUGGCAGCAUCAGUAACGUUAAGGAUCGUUGACCAUGGGCCUGGCCUGGGGCCCAGACUUGACUAUAACUUCGGACAAUAACUUUAGCAGUCAGCAGAACUCGAGUGUCGUGGUUACAAGAGCAUGACAGUAAAUUGAAAAAAUGUUCAAUAUUCCUGGGCGCAGUGAACAUUCGAGUGCCGAUCUGUCUGCCCGAAGUAGUACGAAAAAUUCCCACCGCUCGUCUUCUUCCAAUACGAUGAUCCCGAGAACGAAUAUUCUUUCGUUCCUUCUUAUAUUUUCCUGCGGACGCACAGAUCGCCUCUGAGCUUGUCUCUUCCUUGUUGUCCUCAAGAUGGACAGCGAAUCUUCCGAAUCCUCUGGACAGUCAACUCGGAGUCGAAGCCCUUCCAGCACCAGCAGCCAGUCAGAACAUGAGGUCGUAGUCACGGAAGACACAAAACAAAAAUUUGCCAGAGAAUUCAGGAAACGUCCCAACGUUCACGACUUGAUGCAGUGGAAGAGGUAUCACAAUAGCCUGGUAUGCAAGAAUUGUUUGUUACGUGGGCAAGAUUGCACGCCGAAAGACAACUCAGCUGUAUGCAUCAGCUGUGAGGAGCAACGAGUCGGCUGCAGUCGCGCGGAACUGGAAAGGACGACGCGAGUUCGGCGGUUGUUAAAUCUUUCAUAUCAGGAACUGGAGUUUCUAGUCGACUGGUACAAGGGAUGGAGGGAGACAAAAGGUAGCAUCAUCCGGAAGACUCGGACGCCUAUCACUCCAAGUCCCAGAAAGACGAAAUUUCAAGACUCUCCAAUAUUAAGCCCCGAGUUCCAAGCAAAGACGGCAAGGGCUCGCCGACAUGAACCCGAGGAGCAAUACGCUUCUUCAAGUUCGUCAGCUUCUCAAAUUCUAAACUCGAGCCCCGGCGCCAUCUAUGAACACGAUCCAACGGACCACGCAACCGCCGCGAAUUUUCAACAAAUGUGGAAUGAUUAUAUGAACAACUGUCACAGUCCGAGUCCUCAAACACCUUCUGGGGCAGGUGGCGCUGUUCUUGACGUGGUGACCGGACCCGAACAUUCAGACACUGGCACUCAGAAUCUCAACGAUCUGUUAAUGCUGAAUUAUGAAUGUCUCGAAACUUCAACUGAACGCGCAGAUGUUUUAUUUGACGAGGCCAACCCGGAGGCGCCGACGGAAGUGCAAAAUCCAGAAGGUUCAAGUACUGUCAUGCCAGCCGACAAGAACCAGGCAGCUCUCACACACAUAGAGCUAUUAUUGCAUAGGAAUGAAGUAGAAAACGUCGCUGCAAGGGUGAAGGCAGGGGAUAUCACUCAGCAGAACCUGCUCAAUGCGCUGAAGGCCAUCUCGGAGGGUUUGCUUGGAAUGGCGAUGAAGUACGAUGCAGCUUCCGAGUCGGCAGGACGAGCAAGUGUGGGUGGGAGUUCGGAAUGGCUUGAAGAAUGAGGUUGUAGGUUGAAUAAUGUACUUUUAUAUGAUAUUCCUUGAACAGAGUGUUAAUCAGUG